GCUCGCCCUACCUGAAUAACAUUUUUCAGUUCUUCUUAGCUGGUGAAUAUGCCAUGGAGUUGACCGUGAUGUACUCUGUCAUUCACAGUGGUUCGAGUAGCCAACCUGUGUCCCCGCCGCUGCCAGAUUCGGAGAACGUUGACCCAAACGGACUGGAAUUGAAGCACCAGCAGCAGCAGGGUGCUUCUAAUAAGAUGUCCGGUCACCGGAUUGGCGGGCAGGCUGGGAAACAGCGGCUGCUGAACGUGCAGCAACUCUCACAGCAGCAGUUACAGCCGCACUUGCGGCAGCCCCCUCCUCCGAUGCAGCAACUCGCACGACAGCAGUUGCAGCCACACCUGUGGCAGCCACCGCCUCCUCUGCAACAGUUGCGGCAACCGCUGAUGCAAAUGCAGGCGCAGAUGCAAAUGCAGGCACAGAUGCAAAUGCAGGUGUUCAGUGGCAGCCGCAGGGGCAGGUGCCGUGGCAGGCGCAGCCGCAGCGGGCAGGUGCCGUGGCAGGCGCAGCCGCAGGGGCAGGUGCCGUGGCAGGCGCAGCCGCAGCGGCAGGUGCCGUGGCAGGCGCAGCCGCAGCGGCAGGUGCCGUGGCAGGCGCAGGCGCAGAGGCAGGUGCCGUGGAGGCAGCAACAGUAGGAGUUGCAGGUGCCGCUGCUAGGGAGGCCGCCGAUGCAGGAUCUAUGGCCGCCGCAGAUGGAACAGUUGCAGCUGCCAUCGAGAAAGCAGAAGCGCCUGCCGCAGCUGCAAUGCAUGGCUGCC